AUGGGUCUAUUCUCAUGGUUUGGUUCAAAAGAAAAUACAGCACAAGAUGUGGAUACAUCCAUUCCUGAAAAGAGCCAAUGCUACCACAUUGAGGGAUUUCUCACUUGCUCAUACUUUACAAAUGCUAUCCGGAUUGGAGAUCAAUUGACUGCCAAGCAUCCAAAUAUCAAAGUCGAUGUCAGUGCAUAUAUUAAAGAGCAAUGGAGCGAGAGAUCAAAAGAAUUACAACAGGAAUUCAAAACAAAUCAAAGAACUUCACCAUUCAUUUACGAAGGGUGUGAUCUACAAAACCAACAGUUGAUUGGCGGCUACACAGAUUUUGCAAAGAGGGCUAAAGAGACAUACAAAAUGAGUGUACCCAUGGAUUAA